AUGUCUCCGGAAGACUUGCAAACGCCAGAGCAACCGAAGACUCCUUUGCGCCUCCAAGUCGCGGUCGAUCUCACCAUUGAUCCGUCACAAAUUUUACUCGGAGAGCGCAUCGGGAUAGGUUCUUUCGGCGAAGUUCACCGAGCACUCUGGCGCGGUACAGAGGUUGCGGUGAAGAGAUUUCUCGACCAGGAUAUUUCAAAAAAUCUCCUCGACGACGUGACGUUUGAGGUAGACAUCAUGCGACGUCUGCGACAUCCGAACGUCAUCUUACUCAUGGGCGCGGUCACAGUACCUGGAAACCUAUCCAUCGUUACCGAGUUUUUGCACCGUGGAUCACUUUUCAAACUUUUACAUCGCGAACAAAGUCCAGCGCUGAAAGCGGCAUUGGACAACCGUCGCAGGAUGAGGAUGGUCAUGGAUGUCAUUCGCGGCAUGCACUACUUGCACUCGUUUGAGCCGAUGAUAGUGCAUCGCGACUUGAAGUCUCCAAACCUUCUCGUCGAUAAGAGUUUUGUCGUGAAAGUGUGUGACUUUGGUUUAUCGAGAAUGAAGCGUAACACGUAUCUCAGCUCAAAGACAAAUGCGGGCACGCCGGAGUGGAUGGCGCCCGAGGUGCUACGAAAUGAUGACAGCGACGAAAAGGCGGACAUCUAUUCGUUUGGGGUAAUUUUAUGGGAACUUGCCACGAUGCAAGAGCCUUGGUCAGGCUUGAAUCCGAUGCAAGUUGUCGGAGCGGUCGGUUUUGCGGGUAAGCAGCUCGAGAUUCCAGCGGAUAUGGACGAAGUCAUCGCGAAGAUGUGCCGCGAUUGUUGGAAGACCAAUCCUCGUGAGCGCCCGAGCUUUGAAGAUUUGGCGACAGAAAUGCGAUCUGUACCCAAAGCUCCUAGUUUAGCGCAGAGCGAUUCGAACGGAGCUAUUAAGGAGCGAAGUCGACUCUCCGUGCCUCCGGUGCCGGUGUCCGAGCCACGGGGCGACUGGGAAGACGAGCGGUCGCGUGGUUGGUAA